AUGUUCUACUUGGCUGAAAAUAGAGCCUUACUGAACAACACGUUUCAGAGGAAGGCAGUAUCUUCUCCUAUCAUAUGCGGUCGAGACUGCUCCAUGGAUUCACAGUGCAUGUCGUUCAACUACCACGUCAUUACACAGGUGUGUGUUUUGAAUAAUGCCAGCAGAGUUAACAGCCAAAAUGACUUUGUUGAGUUGCAAGGAAGUUUGUACUAUGAUGACAAUGUGAACAACACUUCGUUUUCAGCACCCAGCCGUGAAAGUUAUAGCAGUUGUAUGGAGAUGUAUCAAGCUGGGUACCGUGAGAAUGGCACAUACACAAUCUUUCCUAUAAGUCUGAAUUCUGGGUUACAGGUCUACUGUGAUAUGGAGACAGAUGGAGGAGGCUGGAUCGUGUUCCAGCGAAGACAAGAUGGCUCUGUUGACUUUUACCGUAACUGGACUGAAUACCAAACUGGGUUUGGUGAUCUACAACAUGAGUUCUGGUUGGGUAAUGAUAUCCUGCGUGACCUUACUGGGUCAGGUCAAUGGGAGCUCAGAGUAGAUAUGGAAGAUUGGCAGUCCAGCAUUGCUUGGGCUUUAUACGGUGAGUUUGCUGUUACAGGUGACACGUACACUCUCCAUGCUGGUUCUUACGAUAAUCGGAGUACAGCUGGUGAUUCAAUGACAUAUCAUAAUGGACGAUCCUUCACAACAAAGGACCAGGACAACGAUAUUAAUAAGGCCAAUUGUGCAGAGGUAAGGGAAGGUGCCUGGUGGUUUAGAACCUGCUUCGAGGCUCAUCUCAAUGCUAAAUACUACCUUGAUGGUUUUGUCCCGAGAUAUUAUGGAAUACAAUGGAAAAGCUGGAAGGGAGAUAGAUACUCCCUCAAGAAAUGCAACAUGAAACUACGGCAUGUACAGUGA